AUGUCCCGCAUAAUGAGAAUUGAUGAGAAUCACGUAGCGGGAAACCUGCACGAAGGAGGAAUGAAGAAAAUCGUGGCCGCAACGAGGCGGCCCGUUUUGGGAGAGCUUGGAAACAAAGUGCUACGCAACGCAUCCCAGGACUUGGUGGGCAAAGUGGGCGAAAAGGGAGCUGUCUUGAAGAACGCUAACCCGACGCUGAAGAAUAUCAAGCCUCGCGUAGACACUCGUUGGCGGAAGGCCGAUGGUACAACCGCAGUUGUCGUUCCGAAGAAACCCAUCACACGAUCAGAAUCUAUAAAAUCGACGACAGAACCGAAAGCUGCCAGUAACGGGGAGCCUGUGAAAGUACAUGUGCAAUUGAACAAAGGUAACGAAAUUAAGCACGUAGCGUUAAAGCGUGAAGACAGUCAGCUGUCCCUGCGGACAUUGGCGAAACAAAAUCGUAAAGUACAACAAAAAAGCGCACCCAGUAGCAGCGCAUCAUCAUCGGACGAAAAUGAAAUCAUCCCGACCACCCAGAAAACCGAAAGGCUAGACACCCAUUCCCAGAAGCUGUUGGAAAGCAUCGAAAACAUCGAUGUGAAUGAUGGCUGGAAUCCGAUGUUGGUGUCGGAGUACGUGAACGAUAUAUACAAGUAUUUGAACCAACUGGAGAGCAGAAGCGGUUAUGCUUUGCGCGAGAAUUUCCUUGAGGGUCAUAAGGAAAUCUCACACAAGAUGCGUACGAUUCUGAUCGACUGGAUCAACGAAGUUCAUCAUCAGUUCAAGUUGGACAUCGACACUUACCACAUGACGGUGUCUCUUAUCGAUCGUUACUUACAGAAGGUGAAAACAGUUCCGAAGAAGAAGUUGCAGCUGGUGGGCGUGACGGCGAUGUUUAUUGCAUCCAAAUACGAGGAACUGUUUCCGCCAGAGAUUCACGACUUCGUGUUUAUCACCGACGAUACGUACCAAAAGUAUCAGAUUCUGGAAAUGGAGAAGGAGAUCGUGAACGCAUUGGAUUUCAAUCUGGGCAAACCUCUUCCAACGCACUUCCUGCGCCGGUUUUCGAAGGCGGCCAAAGCGUCGGAUGUGAAUCACGUUCUGGCAAAGUAUCUAAUAGAGCUUGCCAGCGUUGAUUACAGCACCGCGCAUUACAAACCAUCGGAGAUUGCGGCUGCAGCACUGUACAUAUCGUUGUAUCUGUUUCCAUUAACAACCAUGGAUGGAGGAAGUGGAUCGAAUGGAUUAAUCUGGACUAAAACGCUGGAACACUACACACAUUACAGCGUUAAGAGCUUGUCGCCGAUCGUACAGCGGUUAGCGAACGUGAUCAAGUCCGUUCCCAAAAUGAUGGAAAAGAAGCUGAAGUCACCCUGGCUCAAGUAUUCUUCGUCAAAGUUCCAAAACAUCUCUACUCAUCCAAAGCUGAAAGGAGUAGAUAUCGAUAUUUUAGCGGAGGGUAAGCUAGUGUUAUGA